GCCCUUGACGCAAAGCAGGGUUCAAACGUUAAUGCGAACCUAACCAGAGCGUUCCACUCUAAACCCAGUUGAGAUAAUUAUUGUGCUGGUAUUGUUCACGGUUGCCAUUUUGAACUGCUUUUUUAAGGUAAUUUGUUGAAGCAGAGGUAAAGGAAAUAAAGACGAAAAGGUAUAUCGUGAAUUGGUCGCUCCUUUUCGUAUUUUGUGCAAUCUUUUAUAGGAUUCGUUGCGAUGUCAGCAUAUCCAGUUAGUCAUGUCUCUCAGGAGCGUAUGGAUGCGUAUAAGUCAAAAUUGCCGGCGGCGGCAGCUGCAGCGGCUCUUUUCAAACGAAGUCCUUCUAAAGUUUUGACUGAUACGUCAGUAAAUGUUCCACGACAAAAUCCGAACUCUCUCUACAGUUUACGGUCCCCGUAUAAUGGAAGUCAAAACUAUAGACAUGAGAGUCCUUCUAAACAGCUUAAUACGCGAAGUUCUGUGCACUAUCAACGUCAGAAACAGCCUGUUUAUGUAUCUACUGCUCGAAGUUACUCCAUGAUGACUCCUCCUACCUCUUAUACGCGUUCUCCACAGCGAUAUAACCGAAAUAGUGCCACUUAUCAUGAGCAAUUCUCACAAUUUGGUAAAAAUGCGUCUUCAUUGGAUCAAUCAUCACCAGCAAACUGGGAUACGCUGUCCUCCGAAUCUUCUGCUGAACCCAUUCGUUACAAACACCAAAAUAGUAGCUACAUCUCUCAGCCGCCUGCCUCUCCCAGUGCAGUCCGUGUUUCACUUAGCAAGGCUGCAAAAGUCAGACAAGGACCGCCCUCACCGAUCAUUCGCGAAGGGGAAUAUAUGCCUUCGAGUCCGAACAUGAGUUCUGCACCUCGUCCUCCCACUACAGUUUAUGGACGUCAACGUCCAACAAGCAGUGGCCCAAUUAAUAGCCGUGCACAUAGUGCACAACCAUCAGUUGAAUCCUUUCAACAGCCGAAUUACUCCAGCAGCAAGCCGGUGCUUUCCCUUAAUGUUCCUUCUUCUGCAGCAAUCCCUUCACAUUCAGGAAGAAAAUUAACGCAAACAACGGAACCAACUGGAUACUUGUCUCCAACAGUAUCUAUAAAGAAACCGGCGAACGGAAUUUUGCAUUCCGCUCACCCAAGUCUCCGUGCAUCACCCAGGAAGCAUGUAAGCCUCUCAGAAACAAUAUCCACUGUCACGCCCAGUGACAGCGACUUUGAGGAUGCACCCGACCACUUUGAUGGUGUCAAACCACCUGCCAUUGGCGGAUAUAAUGAAAGCCAUAAUGCAAAUACCGGCACCAAGAACCCUCAAAUGAGGCGGCUUGAACAAACCCCGACACGUUCUGUUCCUGCAAUUAAUAUUUCAGAGUCUGGGAACACUCGAAAUGAUGCUUAUCCUCUUUCUCUCAACGCCGAUGAACGAAGCCCUGUACGUCUCUCUGCUUCGCGCUACGAGCCUCAAAAAGCAUAUAGUGGAUACGAGGAAUCAUUGAACUCAGUAGCAACAAGUCAGCGCACUCCAAUUUCGUUGGAGGAAGCCGCUCGUCGCAGAGUCGAAGAAACCUUACGAAAUAUGGAUGCUUCGUUACAGACAACGGCAGUACCGCCGCAACCCAUUGUGCAACCACGCUUGCAAAAUGAAAUGGUACCUCCUAUGCGGUCUAUGAGCGACAACGUUUCUGUCGCUUCGGGAAGCAGUUUUAAACGUGCUUCUGCAAGCAAAAAGAAGGGUUUCUUUAGUCGCUUGCGCUCAAAAAACAAAUCCGAACGUAGUCAAACACAAACGUUUGACGCAAAUGAGUAUUCCGGUUAUAAUCCCUCAUACGGUACGUUGGAUCGUAGCCGUCUGAGUCUUAGACAAGAAUAUGCCCCAAGAGAACGUUACACCGCUGAUUUUGCACAAUCUUCUAUUAACGCGGGCGUCGAUGGACGACGCAAUACAAGCUCUUUUGCUUUUACUACGCUUAGAGGUGACGGGAUGUCUUCUCAAAAAGCAAAUGAUACUUCUGCAUCUCGACAGAAUGCAGCCCUUCCGGACUCAUCUUUUGAAGAGAAAACCUCUUUUAAGGGAAAGCGUUUCCGUUCUAUUAGACGCUUUUUCAAAAAGCAUUUUUAAAAAAAAAAAAACAUCCCGAAAGAUAAUGUACAUUGUCUGUACCGUUGAAGUAAGUUUCUCCAUAAUCAUUUUCCUAAGUGCACUUCUUCACAAUCUUCCUUUACAACCAUGUUGUUCACAAUUUGUAACAUUUAUACGAAUCUAAGAAGCCCUGUUUGUCAUCCUUUUUAGAUCCUUUUCUUCCCUUUUGCUUGUUGUUUGUGUUCUCCUGUCACUUUCUUUUUGCUGACAAAGGUGUGUAAUGUUGCACACAGUUUUGUUAUGGGGAGUAUAAUAACGUUUCUUGAACAGCUUCCUAAACAAGCCUGCCAAAUGGCACCAUCCCGGGCAAUCGAAACGGGCGAAAGCCUUCGCGAUGGUCAAUUACAUGAUUGCAGCUUCGUUCCUCACAAGCUGGCGGUAUCCUUCCGGAACUUUGGUUACGUGUCGAUAUUAAGACAUCGUAUUCAGAUGCUUCUGACGAGGAUUGCAAAAUAUCUUCCAAUUCAUCUGUACUCAGACCUAAAAGAAGCUGUUCUGGCCAUUCACUAGAUUCACCGCUUGGUAGCAUUGUGUCUUCUCUAUCACUUGUUGGACCGGACAGGGUUGAUGAAAUAAGAUUCUCCUGGCAAGAAUCCGGUGAAGCCAAUACGCUAGUACAGUAUGUUCUUAACACAUUUUCUUCACUUUGAUUUUCAUGCCCUCGUAAUGCUUGAUGACAUACGCGAUAGAUGUUUCUCGCGUACUCUCCGGUGAAAUAGUCUUUCUGAUGUUUGUUGCCGAGAGAAGCCAUGAUAGGGGGAUUAACUUUGGUCACUCUAUCAUUUGUUUGCACAGGUCUGGUUUGUGUCUGAGCACUUUUCUGAACGAUACUGCUUGAUCCUACUUGUACGGCACCAAUGCAUGUCUGUUUCCCUGCCGUGCUUCUCAUCGCUAACCGAGCUGCCAUUAAUGGCAACUGCGAGGAUUCAUUGAAGAUACCGCACGCUUUUGUAAAAUACUUUCCCUUUUUUUCUGUUGACACCAUUUCUGUGAUAGUAAUUCGCAAGUAAUAGCUGGUCCCGUUUAAUUUAAU